CUUUCCUCCGGGCAGAGGAUUUGAAAUCAAAUCACAGAAAAAUAUUCCGCAGAUUCGAACACCAAACUUAGCUUCCGUCAGUAAAUCAAAAAGCAUGCCAACCUCCGAAAGAGGAUUGUUUUCUGCAAUUUUACUUGGUCUCAUUUUAGUGGUCUCAGAGCCUACAACUGCUGAAGCCUCGGGAAGACACAGAUUGCCCACAUCGAAAGGCGGCAUCACUGUUCCAAUCACACCUCAAGAAAUUGGCCAAGCAUGGUGUAAAACGAAGACGAUACGACAAACGAUUCGCAAGCGCGGUUGUGAGUCCAAAAUGGUUGAGAACAACAUGUGCUACGGACAGUGCCGAUCGUUUUACAUCCCAAUUCGUAAAGGUGCUUUUGAAUCCUGUUCGUUCUGCACACCUGUCAAUUCUACAACAUUAAAGGUUGUGCUGAAUUGUCCGACCAGGAAAAUUAAGAAAGUUGUCAAAAACGUUAAAAUCAUCACGGAAUGUAGUUGCCGAGUGUGCGCGAGUUUGAGGUACAUAUAAAAUAUUGAUUGAAAAGUGUUACUCGAUAUUUUGCCAUCGCAAUAAAGUGCUAUUUAGAGAUGUAAAUAUGGAAAUUACAAAAAAAUACAAUAUUAGUACAGUAUUACUAUGUAAUUGUAUUGUAUGUGAGUAAAUCACAAUUAAUCUGACAAAUUUCACACCGGGCUAGAUUUACACCAAUAU